CCUGCACACGGGCGUAUAAACGCAUGCGUUGCACGCCGCGCGCCAUUCGCGAAUCGAGCACGCAGUGGCGCGCGCGCACGCCGCAUAACCGCAACGUGAACUCAGGUGCGCGAAAAAAGUGCAUAGUGAUUUAUAAUUCGAAUAUUGUGACCAUAGAUAAUUCCGUACUUUCUACGGGAGUGAUUACGAGUUUGUUUUUCAUUACGAUACAUCAAGUAUAUUCGCUGCGAGAUUGCAGAACAUCCAUCAGAAACUCGCUUUACGGAUUCUAAGUGAAGCUAAGUCGUGCUAUUUAGAGCAUAUCAUCCGGCAAGCAACGGCUCGUACAUUCUUGACAUCACCGGCUGUCGUCUUCCACUUAUAAGAGAUACCACAAUGGAUUUAACAGUCGUUUUUAUGCUACUGGUGCUUGUAUGCCACGUCCAGAGUGCACCCGGCUCUAGAAGGUCACGAGAGGCUGACAUAUCGCCAGAAGAGACAAACAACCGUCAAAGUAAAUUGGAAGAAAAAUACAAAGAAGAUAGCACAACGUCAUCCCCAGCACCAAGUAACAGAAAAAAUAAAGCCCUUAACCUAUUCGGGUAUUUCCCCUCAUUCCUUUCAUCUGGCUUAGAUUAUAAUGAAGAUGAUGAUGAUGAUGUCACUUUUGCGGUAAACGACGACCAUUUUGAUGAGGAGGAGCUGUCACGAACGAUACCUUCGAGACGCCGACAGCAAAAUAAGAAGAAAAACGGCAAUGGAGAAAGCUUUCAGAAUGACAACAUAAACUCCUUGCAGUACGAUAAUUCUCCGAUAUUCUAUAUCAGACUGCCUCCCACGCCGUAUAUGUUCGUGCCUGGUUUAGGUUACGUGUCUCAGCCUCCCAGUAUCGGACCGCCUAUGGGGCCUAUGAUUCCACCAGGUGUUCCUCAGGUGGCAGAUCCAUUCAUUAAUCUGCCCAUAGAUUUUGUGUCGAAUGGAAAACCCACUGGCGUCUACCAAUGGAACGGUGGUGCUGGUUAUCCGCAAGUCCCUCAAAUGCCCCAGUUGCCCCCUGUUGACUUCGGUUAUGGUAGACCACAGCCCAUGAUUCCCACAGGACCUCGCCCAGGAUAUAAUACACCCUCGUAUUCGAAGCCAAAACCUAAACCUGCUCCAACCAACUCGAAGGUUACCAACCUAAAAGGUCCCUAUGUUUUCAAUGGCAAACCUAAUGAUAGCGUAUACGUUUUAAGAGACACGUACAACUCAAUAUACUCGGAUGCCCUUCAGAAUUUCUACCCUUAACUUGCUCAACGAUAACGAUAAAAUAUCGAUUACGAAAUUAAUGAGUGGCUCGUAUCGAGCUGUGGUAAUUAAGAACUUUGCAGAUUCAGAAUAUAUCUUUUUGGUAGAAUACAUUCAAUUGGCCUAAAAAUUGAACACAAAAUACAUACUUCAAUUUAAAGCGACGAUUUUCAAUAUUUGCAUAAUUGCUGUUAGAAUAAUAAUUUUAUUCAAACAUCAACGAUCAAUAAUUUUUAAUCAUUUUUAAACAUCGUAUUCAUUGGGUUUUUUUAUACCUACAACUAGGAAUGGCAAUGGGGUCGAUUCUGGAAUACCGUUUUUCUGAACUAUCUACUAACUUCAUGUUAUAUUUUAAUUUGAUAAUAUCGCAAAAUUACUGUUUUAUAGGUCAUUAUAAACUAAAAUUGCAAUGAUUUUAUUUGAAAACGUGUUUAAAUUUUUUAUUUUACAGAUAGGUUUAAAGAAAUGGCGCCCCAGAAUCGACUCCAAAGACAAAAUUUAAAUUUCACUCUAUUGUUGAAAACAUAGUUUUGUUAAUGUUAUGAUUAUCAGACUUAUUUUGAAUGUAUUAUUAUAAAAUUGUAUUGUCCAGUAUAUUAUUAAUACUUAAAAUUAUUAUAAUCAUGACAUUUCAUUAGCAUUUUAAAUUAUAAUUUGUUAAAAUUUCAUGAAAAAUAUAAGGAAAUGAUAUACUAUAUUUUUAAAGCAAUAUUAAAAUAGAAGCGUAAAUUUAUAUCAAUUAAGAUGUAUUUCAUAAAAAAAAUAGAAGCACCAAGACAUCAAAGGUGUUAAAUAUUUUCGACAGCAAAUAAAUGUAACAAUUAUUCUAACAUUAGAUUUUUAAUUAUUCGAACAUUAGAUUUUUCCAAGUUUUUACUAGGCAUUUCUGAAAAUGAAAAACUGAAUAAAAAUAUAUAAAUGUAUUUUUAAUAAAUAUUUUACACAAUUUCCUUAACAAUGAAUAUUUUUAAAUAAUAAUAAAAAAAAAUUACACUAUGCAAAGCAACUAUUAAUUUUGUUUGGUUGCAAAAUAAUGUGAUUAUCUAAUACUCGUCUAUUUUUAUUAGAUAUUAUAUUUUUUAAUAAUAUUAGCUAAGUAAUCUACUUAUAAAUAGGUAUAAUCAAGUUAAUUAUUUGUCGUGUUUUUUACGAAGUGUAUUUUCAGUCAAUACCUACUAGCUAGUUAUCACUAGUUAAUAUAUUAAAUUAUUUAUAUUUAUUUUAGUAAUUUAACUUAUUAAUGUUCUUAAUAUAGGUACAAAUUUGUAAAAAUAUGAACACUCCGUCCUUGAUUUUUAAUUAAUGUUAAAUUUUAAUUGUUAAAGUUAAGAAUUGUAAACACGAUUAGAUAGGUAGGUAAUAAUAUAUUCAUGUAAAUAGGUAGUUACAUAAUGUACUUACCUAAAUUCAAUUUGUACCGGAUUUUUAUUUAAUCUAAUAGACUAUUUAGGUCUAACAUAUUAAGUUAGACUCAUAGAUAAGAAACAGUUGCUUGGUUAGAUAGUUACACUAACCGUGAUACAAUUAAAUCAAAAAUAAAAUUUCAAAUUCAGAACAACUUGUAUAGCAUAAACAAAAAAUACACAGCAGGAUAGAGGUCUCCACUAUAUUUUAUUAACUAAUGAUACUAAACUUUAAAAAUAUACAUUAUGCUUCUAAAAUAAUAUAUAAGUAAUUUAAUUUUGCAUCUACCAUAUAGACUUAAUAAUAAAUUACUUAGUAUAAUUAAGAAUUGUUAAUGUGACUGUUUAAAAUACGAUGAAUCAUUGGCAAUAAUGAAUGCAAUUAUUCCUAAAUUACUUAAAAGGCAAGCAAACUAGCUGCGACCCACCUGUGGGAAUGUAAUGUAAAUCACCUGUCAGUAGACAUGAACAGCAUCAAAGACAUGAUAGGUUCCCAUUUCUAAAGUCUAGAAGAAUAAGAAUGUUGAAUAACAGUUAGGAAGAAAAAUUAUGUGUUGAAGUGAGCGAGCAUGCAGAAUAAAGAAAUUGAAUAAAGAAAGGAAUUAAAAAAUGUGUACUUACGGUGAAGCUUAAAAUAGUAUAACUUUUAAGAUGAGAUUAAUUUGGUAUGGAUAUAUUAUGAAAUAUAUCAAGUUACUAAAUGAUAAGUUUUAAAAAUGGAAUAAGGAAAAAAAUUGGGCAUAGAAAGGUGUAUGGACUGUGUAAAAGAAAAUUAUGAAUGUAGGUGUAUGUGCUCUGAUAAGUUAAAUAAUGGACUGUACGCAGAUAAGUACUGAGAAAAGGUCUAAAGAAUAAUAAUAAUAAUUCUGUAUUUAAUUGAAUAAAAAGGCAAAUAAUAAUAGAUCUUUACACAUAUUCAAGUUUGUAAUCAUCGGAUCAUAAUUAUUUAUAAGUUUAUACAAACUUUGACUUUAUGUAAUUAAUGGUUCUGUGUAACAAUAAAUAACUACUUAUUUUUGAUAAAGAUAAUUUGGAUAUUUAAUUUAUCUAUUGGUUUAGACAAAUCACAUUCCUCGGACUUUGGAGAAUAUAAUAAAAGUACCAAUAAAAUUUUAGGUAGACCAAAUUAUAAUUUGACUAUAGCCAAGGCUAUGCUGAAAAUGUAUUUAUGCAUAAGUACAUAAUUGGUACAUAUUUGCGUAUGUCUUGUACGUUUUGAUAAUUAGUUAUAUAUUUUUAAAAUACAAGGAUUAAAUAUAUAGGUACUGUAUUAUCAAUGAAUGCUUUAUCAGAAUAAUAUUGAUUUAUAUACUCGUACAUACUAACAGUGAAAUGUGUUACUGUUUUAAGUUAUCAAACCAAUAAUUAUGUGGAAAAAUAAUUUACUGCAACAAAAUA